AUGAGUGCUCAACGCGGCCCGGUCACUGUUCCCUGCAAAUAUAAAACUGGCAAGGUACUCGGCAAUGGCACCUAUGCCACCGUCAAAGAGGCACUGCACAUCGAGACCAACAAGUUCUAUGCUUGCAAGAUCAUCAACAAAAAGCUUAUGGAAGGACGUGAGCACAUGAUCCGCAACGAGAUCAACAUUCUACGCAAGAUAUCUCAGGGUCACAAGAACAUCCUCAGCUUGGUCGACUACUUUGAAACGCUCAACAACUUGUACCUGGUUACUGAAUUGGCCAUGGGUGGUGAAUUGUUCGAUCGCAUCUGGCAAAAGGGCAGCUACUUUGAGCGUGAUGCAGCACACAUUGUACGGACCGUGAGCGAUGCAGUAACCUACCUUCAUGAUAAUGGAAUCGUUCACCGAGAUCUCAAGCCUGAAAACUUGCUUUUCCGGACGCCUGAUGAGGACUCUGAUUUGCUCAUUGCUGAUUUUGGAUUGUCUCGCAUUAUCGAUACCGAUAAGUUUCACGUGCUUACAACCACCUGUGGUACACCCGGCUACAUGGCUCCUGAAAUCUUCAAAAAGACUGGACACGGCAAACCAGUUGACAUGUGGGCUAUUGGUGUGAUCAGCUAUUUCUUGCUUUGUGGUUAUACGCCUUUUGAACGAGAAAACAACGUGGAUGAAAUGAACGCCAUCAUGCAUGCCGAUUAUACCUUUGAUGAGCAAUAUUGGUCUACCAUCAGUGAUGAAGCCAAGGACUUUGUGAGCCGCUGUUUAACCAUUGAUCCCGCCAAACGCAUGACAGCACGUGAAGCUUUGGAGCACCCAUGGCUUACAGCCGAGCAUACACAACCUACUUCGCCUGUGGAUGAAGCCCGUGACUUGUUGCCAAACGUUCGUGGUAACUUUAAUGCUCGUCGUACAUUCAAGCGUGCAGUGGAUAUGGUACGUUUAUCCUAUCAUCUUGGUCACAAGCACGUCCCUUCCAUGAACCUUGGCGACUCUGGUGUUGGUGAUGUCAAGCCCGUAAAUGAAGGCAUCGAUGAGGUUUUGAUGAAGGACGAUGAUUAA